GCUGAGGAAGGGCUGUGGAGUUAGAAGAGCGUGGAGGCCAAAGGCUGUGGGUGACUGGGGUGCCUGUGGAAGUUUCAGGAGAAGCCGUCCCAGAGCUGCUUCUCGAGCACCUAGGAAGCCAGGUCGCCCCAGACUAUUUAAUUCACCUGUCCGGAAACACAGCCGGCAGGUCCAUGGCUGGCAGGUCUGUGCACCCAACAAGACAGGAGGAGGAGAAUGCCAGAGACCCUGGGCUGAAACUAUCACCGGUGCGACCUCCAGGCCGCCUGCCCAGCAUUGAUGAGGCACGACUAACAGGUCCAGGCCCGGCCUCCCGCCGUGGCUCCGUGCUGGGUGUGGUCUCAUCCUUUUCACGCCGCAACUCCCUGGCCGGACCAGCCUCGGGUCCUGGGGGUCAACGCCCAUCCCUGGGCCCAGUGCCCCCUCUAGGUUCGCGGGUUAGUUUCUCGGGGUUGCUCUUGGCUCCUGCCCGCCGGGUGGCUCCCUCCUACCGCACAGAGCCUGCGCCCGGGGAGCGCUGGGAAGCCCCACGAGCGCAGCGUGCCCUGGAGGCGGCACUGGCGUCGGGACUGCACAAUGCCAGCUACUCAGGCACGGAGGCCGGGCCACUGACGCAGGAGCUGUGCGAACUCGUGCGCAUACGCAUGCGCGAAUUCAGCCCGCCCCGCUACAAGCUCGUGUGCAACGUGGUGCUGGGACCGCGCACCGGCCAGGGUGUGCGCGUGGUCAGCCGUGCAUUGUGGGACGCGGCGCGCGAUGGGCUGGCCUCUGCCACCUUCACCAACGCCUCACUCUUCGCUGUGGCCACGGUCCACGGGCUCUACUGCGAGUAA